AAAACACUUUAUUUAAUAGUUUUCCCACUUUGUGUUUUUGGUGUUGUGUGUGGAUUUAGGCCAUCUAACUUUCUAUUAUUAGUUAGUGUCUAAAAACAAAGUUAAAGCAAAAUUUCUUUGUCUCUCUUUCAAGAAAUGGCUUCUCUAAUCCUACCUUCAAAACUGAACUAUUGUUCUUCUUCAUCAUCUUUAUUUCUAGAUUACAAUCAAAGCUCUUUGUUCAUCUUUAAAAGACCAUCAAAGAUCAAGAAGACUCAUUCCCCUGUUGCAAGGUUAUUUGGGCCAUCAAUAUUUGAAUCAUCAAAGUUAAAGGUGUUGUUUUUGGGGGUUGAUGAAAAGAAGCAUCCUGGGAACCUCCCAAGAACUUACACACUUACACAUAGUGAUAUUACUUCUAAAUUGACUCUUGCAAUCUCUCAAACCAUAAAUAAUUCUCAGUUGCAAGGGUGGUCUAAUAAGAUAUACAGGGACGAAGUGGUGGCAGAAUGGCGAAAAGUGAAAGAAAGGAUGUCUCUUCAUGUUCAUUGUCACAUAAGUGGUGGACAUUUCUUUCUAGACUUAUUUGCUCCUCUUCGGGUUUUCAUUUUCACCAAAGAACUACCCUUGGUGUUAACGGCAUUUGCACAUGGAGAUGGUAAUUUGCUGAACAAUUAUCCAGACCUACAAGACGCUUUGGUUUGGGUCUAUUUUCACUCCAAUAUUCCUGAGUUUAACAAAGUGGAAUGUUGGGGUCCGCUUAAAGAAGCUGGUGGGUCCUUGUUUAUACGUGGACCCACUAUGCCACUUGAUGAGAUCCCAAACCCAUGUCAAGAGGACUGCUCAUGUUGUUUCCCUCCAAUGACCUCAAUCCGUUGGUCAAAAGACCCCGAUAAUGACCACGUGGAUAAUGUUGGGACCCAUCAAGGCUUAAAUCAGCAAAUCUGAUAAGUUAACAUUGGGUUUUCGAAAUGUAAAAAAGAUUUUUUUUUCUAGGUCUUAAGUAGAUGUAAAUGGGAUCCGAACUAAGCCCGAUCAAGAUGAAUUACUAAUGGAUGAUGAUUGAUGAAGCUAAAUCUAGGUGUUCAUGUUGUUUCAAUCGCAAAGUGAAUAGAUUUAGUAUAUGGUACAUUCGUUUGGGCAUGAGAAACAGAUCAUGAUAGCUUGAUUGAUGCCAUUUAAUUACUUAAGUUUGUAGAUAUAUAGAUGUGGAUGUAUAUAUUUGUUUGCUUUCUA